AUGCCGGGACACAGGUGCAUCGUACCAGGAUGUAAAUCUGGUUACGACUCCUGUGUCAAUAAAUACCAUUUUUUCACUGUCCCAAAAGAUCUGGCUAAACUUGAACUAUGGAAAAAAGCUAUACCGAGGAAAGAAUUUGUAUUUAAACCAAGGCAAGUGGUUUGUGAAUUACAUUUUCACGAAGAAGAUAUAAUAAGGACAAAAAAAAUUACAGACAUAAAUGGGAAAAUUGUCGUAGAGACGCCAUAUAAAAUUCCUCGACUUAAAGAAAAUGCAGUGCCAUCAAUUUUCCCAAACUGUCCAAAAUAUUUAUCAAGGCCAUUAAAACAUAGAAAACCACCAUUAUUGAGAAUAAAUCCUGAUUAUAUUAAAAAAAAUAAUAAUCUGAUUAAUCAAGAAAACAUAAUUACUGUUCAAAAUAAUAUCCAACUAUUGUCAUUUUCUAGGAUUCAGGAAAAUAUUAACAGUAUAGUUAUUCCUAAAGGCUGGAGUACACAUAUUAUUGAAAAACAACUCAUAAUGUUUUCUUAUUACUCUAUUAAAAUAGAAAAACAGCCAACUUACAUACCUACACCAUUUAUAUUUAAAAGAGUUUGUGUAGGUAUUAACUUGAAUAUUAAAUGUUAUAUUAUGGAUAAAGAAAUUGAUGCACUUAAAUUUGGCCUGGAAAAAAUAUGUAGUAUUGCAGAAUUAGAAGAGUUAGUAAAAACAUUUGAUAAUUCAAGUAUUUGCAGUGGAUUUAAAGUAGAUGACGAUAUUCAAAGUCAAAAAACCUUCAUUGACUUGGCUGGUACACAAAGACACUUCAUGUGCCAAUAUAUUUUGGAAGGUUCUAAAAAGUGUGAACAUUGUACACGUGCUGAACGAAGUCUUAAUCGCCAAAAACUAAGAUUGAAAAUAAAUAAUACCCCACAUAGAAUUAGACUUUUAGUUAGCCAUAGAUAUAGGAAUCAACUACAACGACUUCGCAUGAGACACAAUGUUACAAGAAAUAAGAAAAAUCGAACCAUGAUAUUAAAUAAAAAGUUUAAAAAUAAUAUUUUUAAUUUACAAAAACAAAUUUCAGAAUUAACUUCUAUUAGCCUUGAAGAAAGAUUGCUCAAAAAUGCAGUUCCAAAUAACCAACGAAUUGCUUUGCUUCAAAUUUUAUCUGCAUCACAAGUCAAUAAUAAAAAAGGAUGUAGGUACUCUGAAGAUUGGUUGCUAUUAUGUAUACUGUUUCAUAUGCGUUCUCCUUGCGGUUACAAUUUUAUUAGAAAUCAUGAUAUUAUGCCUUUACCUUGUGUAAGGACCAUAAGGAGGUAUCUUUCUUUAAUUGAUACAAAAUGUGGAUUUGAUCCAAAAUUUAUGCAACUAUUCAGUCUUCAUCUUUCUCAAAAAGAGGAAUUUAAACGACAUGGUAUAAUUGUUUUUGAUGAAAUAUCUACUCGUGAAAGUGUAGCUGUGAAUUCUGUCAACCUUACAUACACAGGUUUGGUAGAUUUUGGAGAUGAUGGUGACAAGGGAAAAUCAUUCUCUGAUAAAGCAAACCAUGGGUUGGUUUUUAUGUUUGUACCUUUAGCAGACAGUUAUGCCCAACCAGUUGCGGUAUUCGCUUCAAAUGGUCCAACUAAAGGUGUGGUGCUCGCCCAAUUGAUGAUAAAAGCAAUCACAGUUCUUGAAAAAGCAGGUGCUUUUAUUCACGGAGUUGUUUGUGAUGGAGCAGCACCCAAUAGGACAUUUUGGACUGAAAUGGGAAUUAAUGGAAAAUUAAACGAAGUUAAGAAUUGGUUUGAGCAUCCAACAAAUGAAAAAAGAAAAAUCUUUGUUUUUGCAGAUACACCACAUUUGUUUAAAAAUGUUAGGAAUAGGCUCUAUAACAACAAAGAGCUUCAGGUUCAUCAAGAUGAACCAUUAAUAAAAUGGGAUCAUUUUGUAAAAGUGCACGAUUUAGAUAAACAUAAUCCGGGAAAUUUAAGAAAUUUAAUUACUCUUGAUAGUAUCAAACAAAUUUAUAAUAGUUGUGACAACAAGAACAAAUCAUCGUUACAAAUUAUUCGUGAUAGACUGGAUUUUGCUAUUGAACAGGAAGACUGGAGUUUGGAUGAUACUGUAGAAGUCAGCGAUCAUGAUUAUUAUUUAUCCCCUGUAAUAGACUGCAUUUUAUAUUAUGUCACCGGUUAUUUGUCUAAACAAAUAAUCCGUUAUUUCAAAUGUACUACUUGCCAAGCUGCAGUUAAGCAACCAUAUUUGAAUUCGGUUGAACCUGUUGCUCGACUAACUAACUUAACUUCCAGAGGUGGACUUAUUCAUCCAAAUUUACAUUUUUUUAAUUUUGUCUGUAAAAUUGAACAAUUAUUUACAAAGUAUUGUUUAAUGGCAGACGUUUUUGAAUUGAUAUUAACUGAAUUAUUAAAAAACAAUAUUAUUUAUUUUCCAUGUUUCCAGCAUAGCGAAGAAAUAAUUGCUUUUGCAAUUAGAUAUUAUAUUAAUAUGAGAAUGCGGCAAUUUUCCCAAAAAUGUAAUGCUGAAACAAAAAAAGAAAACAUGAUAAAGAAAAAGGUUUCAAAAUUUACUUUAAGUUAG